UAUCGCGCAAACUUGCAGUGACUUUGCGACCGGCAUCGCGCGCGAUCCUCUCUCUCGUGCCGUUGCGUAUAUAUACAUUUUACACCGGAGCUAAUAUAUAUAUAUACACAGAGAAAGGCGCCGUAUACAUCGUAACGCGUUGUUUUCUAUAGUAUACAAACUGCUCUCGGCGCGAAUCAGUGGCUGUCUCGUAUUAUAGUGACUCGCGCCGCGCGUGUUCGCUUAUCCUUGCUAAGGCAAACAGAGAGAGAUCGUUAACCACGAGUGCGAUAUUAAAUGAGAGAUACAGAGAAAAAAAAUGUGAAAUGAUUCGACAGUAUAAUUGUUUGUGUGUGUUGGAUUGAUAAGGCUUGAUUUUUUAGUUGUUGUUAUUAUAUUCUGUUGAGUUGAGUUGAGUGGAUGCACCAGUGUUACCACGUCACACCCCCGCGCACGAUAUAGAAGUCGUACACAAGGUUUUCUCCAAAAAUCGGCAAACGACGAACUUCGAGUAGAGGGGGCACAAGAGGAGGAAUCGGCAACUGUCAACAAGUGAGCUGCAGCGCGCACACACACAGAGGCCCACGUUCGUCGUGGUCGUGCAUCUCUGCCUAUAAAUACACGCAAUGGAACAUGAGGAUCUUUCGGACAGGCAGCAAGAGGAGUCGCGGAAGCAAAAGUCGAUGAAGCAGCAGAAGCAGCAUCAGCAUCAGCAACGAUCUCAAAACUAAUAGUAGCGUAAGAUUUUCUAAUCACUAAGGCUCCAAGGCAUUGGGAUAUCAAAAUAGGACCUGUAAGGGUGCGAAAUAGAUAUUAGGAUUAAGUGCGCAGCAGAAGGAUGGCCGCUACAGAUGGGCAGAUAAUCGUGGCAGCAGCCCGCUGGGCCGACGAGGCCACCUACCUCCGUGACUUUGUGGCCAAGCAGAGGCUGCCGGCGGUCAUUAAGAUCACCAAAGGCCAGUACGGAGGUCUGGGCGUGCCAACGCUGCCCGCUCCCUCGUUACAGUCGACGGCGCUCCUCGUCUCGGCCGGCAGACGACGGAAGAUCGUCGCGCAAGCUGUCAAAAUUAAGGAGGGCCGUCGAGUGGUGGGCGUAGGACCACGACUAGCCAUACCAGACUCGUACGUGGGCUACUUCGAGAUUCUGAGCGAGGAGGGCCGAGCAGUCCGGGGCAUCGAGUCGGUGGCGGAGCUGUCGCGACGCUGCCCCGAAGCCGGUGCCCUGGUGCGCGAGACGGUGCGCGGCAUCGCCUGCAAGCUCGACGAGAACGGCGCCGCCAUACCCGAGGGCAGCCGCACCCUCGCCGUGGGCGAGACGAUAGUCGUCGCGGGCGAGCUCACCCUGCCCGGCCGGGGCCGAUUUCUGCGCUGCAUCGACUGCCGGGACGACAACGUGCUGCUGCCCCUUGAGCAGCGCGCCCGAUUCAGCGUGCUGGCGCGCGAGGACAACAUCAGCGGCGUCCACACGGCCCGGGGCCUGCUCUGCAAGAGGCUGCCGCUGACGGUGCGACUCGUGCACGGCCAGCCGCCCCGGGGCCUCAAGAGCUCCAGUCAGUUCCUGCCGGAGCUGCGGCUGCUGUCGAGUUUCGAGGAGGAGCACGUGUUCGCGAUACCGCUGCAGAGGGAGGGCGCCGCGGUGGCACUGCCUCUGGCGGCGCCGCUGAAACUCGUCAAGGCCAGGAACGAGGAGGCGCUCAGGGCCAUGCCCGAAUUCGCCAGACUCGUCGAAAGAUCGUCGAGACUCGUGGCCGAGGUCGCCGAUAGAUCUCACGUGCUGGACGGCCGGCUGGGCGAGAGCAAGUCGAGUAGGCAGGGCCGCAGCGCCGGCGGCUUCCUGCGACGCUCGGUGAGCUCGGACAGUGCCAACAGUAAUCCAGUGGCGGCGCAUCACCGGUCGCAUCACCAUCAUCACCAUUACCACCAUCAGCACAGUUUGCCUGUGGGCCACGGCUACAGGGACGAGAAUCGCGUGCCCCAGUCCUAUUCCGAGGAGUACGACGAGAUCGACCAGAUCUACGACUACGUGCGGGGUUUCGCGCCUCUGCCCAAGAGCGUGAGGUCGCCCUACGAGAGUCCGCUGGGCAACGGAUUGGGAAACGGGUUGGCAUCCGUGACGGUAACGAUGACGCCGUUGGACGAUCGCCCGGAACCGCCGCCGAUCGAGACGAUACCGACGAAAAAGGCCCAGGCGGAAAAGCGCACCCGUCGCUCCGUGAAGGAGCAGCCCCAGCAGCAGCUUCACCAUCUGCACGCGAGCAACCACAACAACAGCAACACGACGGGCACCACGGGUACGACGGUCACCUCGUCGUCGAUGGCCACGCGGACCGACAAGCCGCCCCUGUCCAAGCUCUACGUAAAAAACGGCGGAACUCAGAGGGGCCGGCCUCUCAUGAGGCAAAAGAGCGCCUCGCCGCUCAAGGAGACGCCGCCCGUACUCAAGGGUGGCUCGCCCCUCUUCAACAUCAGGUACAAAAGCCUGACGAAUUUGCAGCAGGCCAUGGAGCUCGACGGUACGCUGGACUCCAGUCACUCGGGUGGGCGUACAUCGGGCGAUUCCGGUGCUGGUGCUAAACUGCCCGAGAAGAGAUCGCGGCGACUGAGCAGACCUCGUUCGCUGACGAAUCUCGUGUGGGAGCUGCGCAACGGCGGAAGCGGUGGAGGCGUCGGCAACGGCUGCAAUCGCUCGGAAACACCACCAACGAUGGCGCAGCAAGUGACACCCGUGCCACUGACCAAGUGCGGACCAAGGCUGGCCCUCACCGUCUUAGCACCGAGGCGCGUCGGCACACUCUACCUCUAACCCAGUGGCCGUGCAAGCGCCAUCCGGAUAACAACGAUCUCGGAAGAAGCAGUAGCUGCGCGCGCGAGCUUGACCGAUCGUCAACAGAAGCCCCAGCAGCAGCCACCGCCGACUCCUAGCCGAUUUCCGCUUUGCCGCUUGCUACAACGAAUUAGAAUCAAAGUCGACGAGAUGCAGAGGCUACGCCAGCUGCAGCAGCAACAACAGCAACAACUACAGCAGCAACAGCAGCAGCGAUGGCGAACCGCGAACGUCUCAUCAAGACCAAACAGUUUUUUAAAUACCCAGUACUACUACCUUCAUCAUCGAGCCGUACACACAUGAAGAAAAAGGAAGAAACAAAAACAGAUUAACGUACGCGGCGUACCUCGAUGCAUCUCCAGCCGGCUUCGUUUCUUCUUUUGAUCUUUUUGAUAUUUUUUAUUUCUUAUUUAAUUAAUUAUGAAUCGAGCACUUAUUCAGCGAGUCAUGAAAAUUCAGUCAGUUCGAUAGCAUGUGCGUGAAUGCGCGUUCGAUUUAAAUGAUAAAAAUGUAUGUAUAAUUGUUAGGAUGUGUAUUUUUUUUUUAAAUAAUAAUUGAAAACUCGUCCCAUACGAUGAGAGAUGUACGCAUGUAACGAGAUAAAGAUAAAGUGCAAAUUAUUCGAGCCCUUAUUACUGGUGCUCGUAUAAUUAGCAUCGAUGAUAAUUGUAAAAAGGACGAUUGUAAAAUUUCGCAUAUAAUAAGCUUGCAUUCAAAUCAAGAAGGUGUAAAUAUUCAAAUCACUCGGAGCGAUUCGAUGCUGAUGAUUUUUGUGUCGAGUCGCACGCGCCAAUCGAAGGAGUUUCGAUAGUUAAAAUUGCACGCACUUCCUUGUUCUUAGCAGAAAACUAAAUGCAUACACGUAUUAUUUAAUUCGUCUCUGUGCUUAGCUACAAUCGCAGAUGUAUUAGUACCAUAAGUUUGUAUAAUGCGAGAGAUAGAGAAAGCAAAAGAGAAGCAACAUUAUAAGCCUUUGAUUAUAGUGAACGUGAUUAUAUACAUUAAUAACGAUGAUAAUAUUGUAGGGAUUUGUACACGUGUAAGUUUGUAAUGUAAUGCGCGCGCAAAGACACGAAUGCCAUAUACAAUAUAUAUUAUAAUAUAUUUAUAUGAUUAUCGCCUAUAAAAAUGUUGAAAGCAAAAGUAGAUAAGCCGCAAGUGUCGCUGCGGUGCUAAGAUACUUAAGUCAUACCCCUUAUUACUAUUUCAUUAAUUGUACGCAUUAUAGACGUAUAACAGCUUCUCC